AGGAGGUCCGGUAAACACGUGCGUUCUGAGUUUGUCGUGUGAUUCUGUGUCGAAAUAAACCCAAUUUUGCACGUAGAAAUGAAGGUAAAGGUAGAAAAAACACCCGAAACGGCCGACAGCAAGUUGGUGGACAUCAAGAAAACCAAGUCCGACAUACAGAAGGCAAAGAAGCCUAAACAGGAGCUGAAAGUAGCCGCCACCAAGUUGACUGGAAGCAGCGUGGCUUCUCCGCUUGCCUUCGCCGAAAAGAAGAAUCUUUCCGUGAAGCGCAAAGCCAAAGGUAAAAAAGCAUCCGGUACUCCCAUCGCGGUGAAGACGGAACCGUUGGAUGCGCAGGGCAUGACUGUUCCGAAGCCGUUUAAAGAAGAAGCAGUUGAGGCUGCAGAAACGAAACCUCCGUUGAAGCCCAUAGCGAAUGCUGAACCAUCCGUUGCUACCAGCGAGGAAAAUCCGGAAAAAAAUGCGAAUGGCUUGAAGAAGGUAGAAACAGAUCCUGUGCUUAAAACCGAACCCGCGAAGAAAUCCGACAAAGAUGGUUUCUGGGAUCGGUUCAAGGUCGAACAGAAACAAAAGAGACAAAAGAGAAACAAUAAGUUAAAGAAAAUUAGGGAGCCCAGGGAAACAGGACCAGUUGCAGCUGAAGUAGCUGAAUCUACGCUGAAGCUUGUUCCGGAGCAGCUUGUUACUGCUGCCAACUUCAAGGUGUUGUUUGAGCAUGUUCAGAAGAAAGCAAGAGGCGACGAUAGAAACCGCCUGUUUGGUGAGGACUUUAAAUACGCACUUCAAAUUUCGUCGGUAAAGAUACCGCAAGUACCAGUCCGUAACUGUCGAAUCGAUCUUCCACAUUCGACGCUCCGCAAGGAGGACGAUACGUGUCUCAUCGUUAGUGACAAUAAACUUGGCCGAAAAGUACCCUAUCAGGGAUCUGUGGACCACUGGCAGAAGAAGCUGCAGCAGCUGGGCAUUAGCGGUGUGACACAAAUCAUCCCAUUCCGGCAAUUGAAGGAAGAUUAUUCAUCGUUCGAGAUGAAACUAAAGCUUGUUCAUCGUUUCGACCGUUUUCUAGUCGACGCGCGUAUCAAUGGCCAUGUGUUUGCAUUUCUCGGGAAAAUUUUCAUUACUCGUUGCAAAAAUCCCAUCCCAGUGAAGUUGGACAAAGAUGCAGAGGUGAAGUAUCAAAUUGAAAAAGCUCUCCGCACCGAAACAUACCGUCAGACCAACUCGGGCAGGCAGACCGCCAUAAAGUUUGCCGCUGACUGGAUGCCGGUGGAGCAGGCGGUCGAGAAUGGUAUGGCGUUGGUGGAGAAACUGAAAACCAUACAUCCCGGUGGGUGGUUAAACAUUCAAGCUUUGAACUUGAUUUCGGCGUGUACGGUCAGCGCUUCGUUCCCGCUGUACGUGAGCAAUAUUGACCCGAAUCUGAUACCGGUACCGUACAAGCACAGUCCUAAACUGGAAUUUAUCGAGAAACAGAACCGCAAGCUGCUCGCGGCAACUGGUGGCAGAGUUAGGUUCACAAACAAUGGUACGGUGGUUGUGAGCGCCCAGCAAAAAAAAAGCAAUAAACAAACCUCAACCGUAACGCCCAAACCCGAAAUACCGAAGAAAAAGGCGGUAAAAAAGGCAGGAAAAAAGGCAGUUAAAAAGGCAGUAGAUGUUAAAACCGAAAACGAUCAAGUGGUUCAGGUUAAGGAGGAGGUAAAGGAUGUGGGAAAGAUUAAAACCGAAAAAAUCAAUGACGUAUGAAGAUAUGCCAGAUGACCAGGAGUAUGCCAACGAUUUUGGUGAUGAAGAUGAUGAUGAUGAUGGUAAUGAAAUUUACUAUGUUUGGUGAAUUUAUAAUAUGAAUAAACAAGCUAUAACACGAAAA